AUGGAGAAAAAAUCCAAAUCAGUAGAAGAUAUAUUGGAGAUAAGAACAAAAGUUGUGCUUGUAGAUGGAUUGAAGUACCCUACCUACAUGGUUGCUGCUGUCCAAGAAUUUCCAGAGUCAUUGGGAGAGGAGGGAAAUGUUGAAGAGAAAUUCCCGUCGUCGUCAUCGUCGUCCUCGAGAGCUCGCUGCAGCCUCGCCUCCAAUUUCACUUCUCGCAGGCUCGCUCUCUUUCACCUCGGCAGCGCUAUACCUCAAGCACAGUUGUUCCAAGGAAAAGCUUCUAACUUAAACAGAGUAGAUGGUAACAGCACAGAGACCACCGGGACCAGGAAUAUAAUUCAAGCAAGCACCAGUCUUACCCAAGAUAGUGCCAUUGAAUGGGCAAACAAUGACAAGCGGAGGCUCCUUCAUGUUGUUUAUCGUGUUGGGGAUUUGGACAGAACAAUAAAAUUCUACACAGAAUGCUUGGGCAUGAAGUUGCUGCGAAAACGAGAUAUACCUGAGGAAAAAUAUUCAAAUGCUUUCCUUGGAUAUGGGCCUGAAGACUCGAAUUUCGCUGUGGAAUUAACUUACAAUUAUGGGGUUGACAAGUAUGAUAUCGGAUCUGGUUUUGGUCAUUUUGGUAUUGCAACUGACGAUGUUUACAAGAUGGUGGAUCUUAUAAAAGCCAAGGGGGGCAAGGUUACAAGGGAACCAGGUCCCGUGAAAGGUGGCAGUACUGUAAUUGCUUUUGUUGAAGAUCCUGAUGGUUACAAGUUUGAGCUCUUGGAAAGGAGUUCUACACCAGAGCCUUUGUGCCAAGUAAUGCUUCGAGUGGGAGAUCUUGAUCAUUCCAUAAAUUUCUAUGAGAAGGCUUUUGGUAUGAAGCUUUUGCGCAAGAGAGAUAAUCCUGAGUAUAAGUAUACGAUAGCAAUGAUGGGCUAUGGUCCUGAAGACCAAAACACAGUUUUGGAGUUGACAUAUAACUAUGGCGUAAAAGAAUAUGACAAAGGAAAUGCCUAUGCCCAGAUUGCAAUAGGCACAGAUGAUGUUUACAGAACUGCAGAAGCUAUCAAGCUGUUUGGUGGGAAGAUUACUCGUGAGCCAGGUCCCUUGCCGGGAAUCAAUACCAAGAUCACUGCCUGCUUGGAUCCUGAUGGUUGGAAAUCAGUAUUUGUUGACAAUAAAGAUUUUGCAAAAGAGUUGGAGUGAUAUUUGAGAUUUCCUUACCAAGUCUGCCGCUUCCAUGAUAUGGCCUUCACCUCCAGGGAUUUGAUCAGCCUGAGGGGGUUAUGCCCAUUCAUUGGAUGAUUCAGGUCUGUGAAUCUGCAGCGCAACAAGUAAAUAAUUGAACUGAAGGUAGAACUGGACCCACGUCUGUAUAUUUCACGAGCCUUUAAUCUGACUAUUAUGUGUUCCAGCUGUAUCAGUGUUUGUGCUCUGGCACUUUUAUCGGUCAUGUUCUGUUCUAUGUGAAGCAUACAUCUAUUCCAGUAAUUUAUCCAAGUAUG